CUCUGCCCGUGACUGCAUGCGGUAUGGGGAGACAUCAAAUACGAGGAAGGUUCUACUUGUCUCUGGCCUCUGUCUCUGCGGCCACCCCUUUCUUCGUCGGACUUCCAACGUCGACUUUCGCCGACUGAACAUACCACAAAAGCGGGCUCAAGAUGAGACAAAUGACGAGCUAGUGCUUGUUGUUGGUGUGAUAGAUUGGUAUCAAUAUGUGACUAACUAUGCAUGUGCCGUCCUGGAAGCUGGAUUGGCUAUUGUUGGAUUGCUGCCCAGAUGGCCCGUCAACCCAUGAAGCGGCUAACCCAUGUCUGAGAAGGGAGAUAAAUAGAUGAUGGGGAUGCAAAGUCUUCCACUUUUCUUCUGGCCUUCCGGAUCGUCCCAGUGCACCAGAAUACUCGAUGGCUUUGCGACCUUAUUCAUAUUUUGUUAAGGAAUUACGGGCUAGUUCUAGGGUUCUUUACUCAACAAUGUCCCCUGCCAUAAAGCUCCCGGGUUAUGGCAUCCCUUUGAAUGGAUUUAGGGCAUGGAGAGCAUCACCAGGGGAUGGAUUCAUAACCAAUACGGAAUAUGAUGGAUCCAAGGAUUUCAGAGGCCGAUCGUUCCCCAACGCUCUAGAUCAAAGUGACAUUGAUUAUGGCAGUAUAUCCAUGUCUAUGAUUACUUUGAGAGAGCAUGCGAUGAUUCAUGCCAUGAACGAUAUCACUGACAAGCCUGGGUGGGAAGACAAGGUAAAGGCUUAG